AUGGUAAGUCUUUUGGGUUUUAGGAUCAAGAAGACAGAGGAGAAGAAACAGCAGCCAUGGAUGCCAACCAUGGAGGAAACAAUUCUGGUGGGUGAAGACUUGAUGUUGGGGCCACCCUCACCAAUCAUUCCCCCAGAAAUUGCUUCUCAUGUACUUGAAGGUGUAGACUUAUGUGAUGGAAUUCUGAGGAACCUAUUCCUGUGCUUACAGAUAAAGGAUAUUGAACCUUUCUGUCAAGAUGAGAUUGCUCUCUACCGGGAAUGUGCAGAGAGAAGGGACAAAGAACUUAGGAAACGAUUGCAAGACAGUGAGAGCAAACUAGGGAUGUCAAUGCCGUUAAAAGAAGUAACAGAAAGAGCUACCCAACUCGAAUCGGAAGUAACUUCAUUGGAAAGGCGCUUGAUUUUGGCUAGUGGAGUAGAAGGCAUCGAAGGGUUUCGGCAGAGAUGGAGUCUACACGGUCGCCUUACAGAUACCAAGUAA